AUGUCAGACAACAUUCCUUUUGAAUUGCAAGUAGAAAUCAUAAAAAAGCUUCCUGUUAAAUCACUCGCCAUAUCAAGGUCGGUAUCAAAGCUAUGGAAAUCAACGAUCGAUAGCCCUCUCUUUAUUGCCAAUUACACCAACAAGCGCCAGCAACAUCGGCUUCUUAUCGGUUAUGAACUUGACACUUUUGAAACAAAAUUUGUUUCCAUUAAGGACAAUGAUACUCUCUGCCAACAACCUGUAAGAGAUGUUCCUGUGUUGUUUAAACAAGUUAAGAAACUGUUACUUAUUGGUACGUCUCAAGGGUUGUUAUGUUUAUCUGGUAUUUCCGUAGAGGGUGGUUGUGAUAAGGAAAAUGCUGUGAUUUGGAAUCCGUCACUUGGAAAAUCCAUUGCUAUUGAUGUGCCUUGUCAUGCAUCUGUUUUAGGUUUUGGGGUUCGUCCUGAUAGUUUUGACCCUAUGAUCGUAAUGAUCAAUUGUUGUCAACAGCCUUACUCCGCUAUGGUGUUUACCUUAAGCUCACGGGUUUGGAGGGUUCCACGUGGUAGUCUGUCUCCUAAGUCAAUCUAUUCUACAAUCUCGUCUCCAGUAGCUACAGAUGAUCGGUGUAUUUAUUGGAAAGCUUAUGAGCGGAAUAUUAAUCUAGUUGUUGCGUUUGAUAUGGUGAGUGAAGACUUUACUGAAAUAAACCUCCCUCAUAGUGUAGCACACCGGUCUUCUGAUGAAGAUUUUUCCAUCUCUAAGAUAAAAGAGUCUCUUGCUCUACUUGAGUACUCUGUUGACGCCGAUAAACAAGUUUGUGGUGUAUGGAUGAUGGUGGAGGAUGGUGUUUCAAAAUCGUUCACAAAGCUAUUCACCAUCAACACACCAGAUACAUCAUUAAGGACUAAGGUAAUAGGAUUUAGAAAGAAUGACCAACCUAUUAUGGAAACACCGAUAGAUGAAUAUGGGAUAUCAUCAUCAAUAGAAGUUUAUGAACCACGCACAAGAACCAUCACGAAUCUUUGGAUUAAUGGUGAACUUGGUUCAUUCUAUCUGAGUUCUUACACAGAAUCUUUACUUUUGCUGGAUCAGUUAGAUGACCAGUUUGUAAAGAUAUCAUAUGAUUUUGAUAUAUGA